GGGCGGACCUUAGACGGGGGAAAAAAAAGUGGGGGGACUCAACAGCAGCAGGAGCCGCCACCUCGGUCAAAGGGAAGCGGCGUUGACCCGGGAGCCCCUCGGACGAGGACUUGCUUCUCACCAGCCGUGUCCAAAAUGUCUUCAGAGUCAACUUCAACCCACCAACGGUCUCCACCUCCCAGGGCUCUCCGUCUGCCCGAAGGCCGCCGGACCAGAGACCGUUCUCCUUCCCCUAUGAGAGCUUAUCUGAUCCCAAGCCCACUUCCGACUCGCAGGAACCGCACGUUUUCAGCGACAACACGAGCCGCUGAAGGACCCACCUACAGUGGGGUGUGUAAAUGUUUCUGCCGAUCCAAGGGCCACGGCUUUAUCACGCCUGGUGAUGGAGGCCCAGAGAUCUUCGUCCAUAUUUCUGAUAUCGAAGGAGAGUAUGUUCCGGUAGCUGGUGAUGAGGUCACCUACAAGGUGUGCACCAUUCCGCCGAAGAAUGAGAAGCUUCAAGCUGUAGAGGUCAACAUCACUCACCUAGCUCCAGGCACAAAACAUGAGACGUGGUCGGGACACGUGAUUAACUCCUAGAGGGAGUUCUGAAGCCAUGUUGACUGAAGAGGACUAUUGGAUCGUGUUCAACAGCCCGAUGAGUUUUCUGCAGAUUGUGUAAUGGAAAACAGGGUUCCAAAAGUGGCCAGAUUAAAAAACCCCUUUUUUUUUACAAAAGAAAAAAGAAAGAAAAAUAGCACCAUGAUUUUCAAAGUAUACAAAUUUAAUAAGUGGAAAAAUCGUAGUUUUCGGGCUGGCAGGAAAGCAGAAGUUUAGCUCUUGCUUUACAAUUUGAAUGUUUGUUUUCAUUCAUUCAUUGAGUAGGAUACUCAAAAGAUCUUAGAAAGAUCUCAUCGGAAGAGGAGAAAUUGGAACGGAUCCCUCUGUUCAAAAGAUGGCAUCCUCUGGGUGGCCCUUCCUCAAUCUGAUACCUUUCAGACCUUGAACUUCACGCUCGGAAGGCUAGGCUGGCUGUGCAGCAUGGGGUUUGAAGUCCCAACUCAUCUGAAUAGAUCAGAUUGAAAAAGGCAGCAGCAGCUGGUUAGUCAAAGAGGCAUUCCGCUUUGGUGGGUAGUAUUAAGGGGCAAAUAAUUUAGGAUAAUGUUUCUUUGCUUUAUAGCAGAAAAUUACUGAUUUUGCUGGUUAUUAUUAUUAUUAUUUGUUUGUUUUCUUUUUUAGAUUAUGGAAGCCAAGGGUAAUAGCUUGAGGAAAUACCUACAGAGGAUUUGUGUUCCUAUCAUUUGAUAUUCUUCUUCAACAUUUUAGAGCAGUUAAAAGGGCAACAAAAUGCAGCCUUUUCACGUAGAAACUUUUUUUCACAUAGUGUUUUGGUUGAAUAUUUGUGUGUUGGUUGCUUUUAUUUUAAUUUUUCUCAAAAAUAUACACAUCAGCUUUUUUGGCAGUGGCUUGCUGCAUGUACCUACCUACCUACCUACCUACCUCUCUCUCUCUCUCUCUCUCUCUCACACACACACACACACACACACACUUCUACCCGAUUCAAACUUUGAAAUCAUUGUUGGCUUCUUCUCUAGCUGACAAUCUCUGCUAUUACAGCUGUUGUGGGCAUGCACAUAUUUAAAGGUUUGAGGUUUGCAGUUUGCAGUUCAUCUUCGUUUCAAAAAUGCUUUUGCUAUUUGUCCAGCAGAAAAAUAAUGUCCUGAACAGUAUUUAACUUUUAGAGGGAGUGGUGGAAGGAAACGAGAUAUUUGGCAUGAGUUCCCUUUGGGGGGGGGGGGGGUUGUGUGGAAGUAUUAACAGUCACUGACAAAUGACAGAUAAAAUAUAAAAAAUAAAAUACUUGCGGUUUGAGGAAA